AUGCUUUCUGGAUGGUAUGUCUUUCGUUACAUGCUCUUGAUCCAUAAGGCCGGACUCGAAUCUGCAUACACCCAGGACAAGCGACAAGAUAGGGCGGAAGAGAAGCAUUCAGGUACUUCGUUUCUGACCUAUCAUAAGGCCAAGCCUGACAGGAAGUCGCAGUUGGGUGCUUUAGUAGCGCUUUGGGGAUGCGCGAUGCAAUCUGGAGCCAACAAUCUUGCCUGUCUGUUGAUAGGGCGUAUUGUCGCUGGAUUUGCAAUCGGCGAUGCACAGACGGAAAUCGCACCGCCUAAGAUUCGAGGCUUUAUUGUUGGCCUUACUCAGCAGAUGGUCGGGAUUGGUUUCAUUGUCGCUAACUGGGUCGGCUAUGGAUGUCAAUUCAUGGAGUCGAACGCUGGUUGGAGGCUUGCUCUGGGAUUACAGGCUCUUCCCGCUGGCAUACUCUUUGUGGGAAUACCUUUCAUGCCAUAUUCUCCUCGCUGGCUUCUGGAAAAGGGACGCGACGACGAGGCUCAGGCCGUUGUUCGUAAACUCCAUGGGGCAAAAACUCUUGAAGCUCAGGAGGCUGCAGACUCGGAAUUUAAGAGUAUGCAAGCCACGAUUCGCGCCGAGAUGACCAUCAGGUCGAGGAGGUUGAGCGACUUAUGGGAAACACCCGCUAUGUGCAAGCGUACUUUGAUAGCCGUCGGUGUACAAGUGUUCGGCCAGUUCACCGGUAUCAACGUGAUCAACUACUUUGGGCCUUCGAUGUAUAAAUCGCUAGGUCUAAGCCCGUCGCAGUCGCUCCUGGUUCAAGGCAUCUAUGGUGCAGUCGGGCCCAUCGCCAACUUCUUCUUCAUUACCCUUAUCCUCGACACAGUCGGAAGAAAGAAGCCCCUUAUGUUUGGCGCGGGGAGCACGGUAGUUACAUACUCGGUUCUUACCGCCAUCGUUGCUCGUUUUCCUCCCGGUAUUUCGGAGAAUCAUCCAGCGCAACAAGCUGGUAUCGCGAUGAUAUUUUUGACGAGUAUUUUCUUCUCUCUGAGCUUCGGACCAGUGAGCUGGGUGUUGGCUUCUGAGGUAUUCCCCACCAAGACCCGGUCGAUCGGGACAAGUGUCGCGACAUGCGCCAACUGGGCUUUCAAUGUGUUGUUCUCGCAGGUCUCGAAUUUGGCCAUCGAAAGCAUCGAUUGGAAAUAUUACAUCGUCUUCAUCUGCCUCAAUGCUGUAGAUUUCAUAAUCAUAGCAUUCUUCUUCCCAGAGACGAAAGGGAAAUCCCUGGAAGAGAUGGCGGAAGUCUUCGGGGACGAGAUUGACCCACGACUGGAGAAUCACCCAGACGUUCACGAGAAACUCGACCAUGACGCUAAAGAAGACGCAUAA